AUGUAUUUUCUAUUGUUAUCCCUCUUAAAAUUUAUUGGGUUAUGUGCUGCUUUUGGCUUCCCCAAUAAAAUUUGACUUUAAUCUUAUUUGCUACCUCCACUCCCUUAUACUCUCUCUCCUCCCUAAUAUAAGAUAUUCCUAUAACCAUGCUUUGGUUGAGAUGAAACUCGAGACUUGUGUAAGAGGUUGGUUUAGUUAGUUUUCUUUAAACUCAGACUUGCCUUAGACUUAGAACAGAUCUUUGAAAUGGGAAAACUAGGGAGAAUGUUGGAUACCAUCUGUCUUUCUUUUGGCUCAAACACCUGUUUCUGCAUGAACUCCAUGGAGUUUGAAGAUGAGUUUGAGCAAAAGCCUUUGAUUGUAAGUGCUACUGAUCAUAAACUGAGAUUGAAGGAUGUAGUAGAUGGAAAGCAGACAUUGGCUUUUCAGCUGAAACCCCAGAUAGUUACAUUGAGGGUGUCCAUGCAUUGCUAUGGAUGUGCAAGAAAAGUUGAGAAACAUAUCUCCAAGUUGGAAGGAGUGAGUUCAUAUAAGGUGGAUCUGGAAACAAAAAUAGUAGUUGUUAUGGGCGAUAUUCUUCCCUCUGAAGUGUUGCAGAGUGUGUCUAAGGUGAAAAAUGCUGAGCUUUGGUAUUCUCAAGGUAGCAAGCAAUAAUUUUGGAUACAAUUCAGAUUCAUCCAAAAGAAGAUAUUGAAAUAGAAUUAAGCAGCUCUAAUUUUCUGUGUGUCCUUUUGGUGUUGUAUAUAUAAUAUAGUGUAUGCUGUUAAGACCUAUAUCCAAUCUCCAGUAAUUUUCAUGCACAGAAGAUAUUAAUGUCUCUUUCAGUUUGUCUUGAUAUCCACAUAUCUCUUACAUGGUUUAAAAAUCAAGAUCUAAGACAGUUUAAAUA